AUGUCUACCGUCGUUGCGCCUGCUCCUGCGCCUCUUCCAUCUCCGCGCAUGAAUAUGACAGACCCAAGUCCGAAAAGGCUGGCACCAGCAAGCUCCAGCAAUCAGUCUAGUUCAACACCGCCGCGUCCCCGCGAUGGAUCAUCCGCUAAGAGCUCUCCCGCGGGAAAGAAAGUCACAUCUCCUUCGGGAAGCAACCCUCCGAAAGUGAUCGUGAAGAAAGAGCCGCCAUCCUCUCCCGGAAUGCAGCCUCAUACCCGACCUCGUCCGAGAAAAUUAGAUCUCUCCACUAGUCUUCCAACCUCUGACAGAUUAUCGGCCCGCGCACCAGGUGGCCCUAUGACAGCUCGCGAUGUUAGUAUGCAAGACGUGGGGAUUGCCUGCUUAUCUCCUGGCUUUCAGACCCACGACCCGAUAAUGCGGGAACAAUUACAGAGGAGCCUUUCAGUUCGAGACCAGCAGAGACAUAUCAUCGAGUCACGACUUCAAAAAUCCGCCAAGGACGACGGCCCAGACGGCAUAAAACCAUCCGAAUCAACAAUCUUCAAUCUUCCAAAGGCCAGCAGUUCAUCUUCGAAACGGCGACCUCCCCCGGGACUGUCCAUCGUACCCCCGUCGGCGGCACAAUUCGCAAAUGAGCGUGUGAUCCAGUCUGCGCCGCUUCACCAAACAUUCACAGGCCGACAUCAGCCACAGCCGCUGACACGCCACAUCGUAAACCAAAGCCCUACACUUGGCGCUACUUCUCAUAUACACCAUGUACCUGCCACACAAACCAGCAAUCGUCUCCCGCCGCUCUCAGAUGUAUUCAAUUCAGAAACUCUGACAGCAUCCCGGGACCGAGAGGCAAAUCGCGGGCCAACGUAUUACCAAGGUGCAUCUGCGACUGCCUCCACUCAGCCAAACAAUCUUCCGCCUCUACCGUCCCCUAGGAUCCCGGGGAACGCACAGCAGUCAAAUCGACCUCGCGAGUACCGCUCCGCGGAGGAGGCGGUUCAAGAAAUGUCUGGUGGACGUGAGGACCUUUUGCCGCGUAUCGUGCACUAUGGCGGUCACCAACCACCCACCCCGCCAUCUCCGCGUGCCGCCAACAACCCCCCAAAGUCAGCUAUGCCACAUCUCGAGACGGCGCCAGCAGCAGCAAGCGCACAUACGCCUCACCAUUUUGGACAGUUUGCAGCUGAAGGAACCGCGCGUCGUCGUCCCAGAAGCGAAUAUGAGCAGGAUAAUGGUAGUCCGCCACUGGGACACGGUCCGGAGCCUCAUUAUCGGCCUAACCCGGCCUCCUUGGGGCACGGUGCUGGCACUGCUUACGGACCUUUUGGGGCGGGUCGUGAUUCACCGGAAACGCAGCGGAGAAAGAAGGAAGAGUUCCUGUCUCUCUGCUCACGUGCUUGGGAUCUAUUCCAUUCCUAA